GGCUAGGGUUAGCAAGAACGCAGGGGCGGCGGCUAAGCACGUGAAAUUAUAAGGGAUGACGGGACCGGCCAGCUCUUGUCCUCCUUCAAUCCCGAUUUUCGGCCGACGGGUUCUACCGUGAUGUUCGUUUCGGCGCUAUCGUCCAGGGCACGGCCAAUUCAUGUUGACCGGAAACAACGAUAUGAAGCCGCCGAUUCCUAAACGACCCCGGCGGAUGGCUAUGUCGCCGGAAUCAGCACCUUUAGCCUCCGGCAGUAGCAGCUUCAUCCCAGAUGAUAUAAUCUUCUUUCAGAUACUCGUACUUCUUCCUGUGAAGUCCCUUGUGCGCUUCCAAACCGUCUGCAAGUCAUGGCGCACCACAUUAACCAGCAUCAGUUUCGUGCGCUGGCACCUGGAGCUUUCCAAGCGAACAAGGUCGACCAUGGUCCUCGUGCCACGCAAGUAUCAGGAGGACCGACGGAAGGCGUGUUCUAGAUUACUCAGUAUCUUCAGCUUCCAGCCAGGGGAAAGCAAGUGUGCGGAGCUUAUCUUCCGAAAGGAAUUUCAUCCCUAUGGGAUCCCUGUGUUCAGCAUUCCUCUCCAUUGUGAUGGCCUGAUAUUGAUCCCUUGCAUAAUGGGGAAAAUUUUCAUCUGCAACCCGGCCACUAGAGAGUUUGUUGAGUUGCCACCUGGAAGCCCAAGUGUUCUCUUUGAGCACAGGGUCGCCUUUGGCUUUGAUCCUUGGAGUGGUACCUACAAGGUGGCGAGGCACUUCAUCCGCUCGUACAGAGAUACUCUGCAAAUAGAUGGGGAAGGAGGCACCACUAGAGAAUACAGCAGUGGACAUGAGAUCUUAACAUUCGGUGGUGACAGCAAAGAAGAAGCUUGGGUAUGGAAGGCCACUGUGGAUCCACCAUACCCUAUCAAGGCCAGGACUCCAAUUUGUCUCCCAGGGGUCUUCUUUUGGAGUGCUCUCAAGUCCAUGGCACAUGGCAAGGUUAUCUCGAAUGUCAUCCUUCGAUUUAGUUUACUUGAUGAAACAUUUACGGUGCACCCUAACCCUCCAUGUAGUGAUCAUCUAGGCAAGAAUGAUGCACUAUCUGCACUAGGUGGAAAGUUAUGCUAUAUCCACUCUCCCACUCCGUGGGAGAUUGCCAUUUGGUUAGCGGAAGAUGGGCCAAAUCUGACUUGGUCACUAUGCCGCCGUGUCAGUCUGCCGAUACCAAGAAAUCUUCUUGCCUUUGCAUGUGCGUCAACUGACCCGGACAAGAUAUUCCUCUCCAUUGAUGCGCGCUACCUUCUCAGGUGUGACCUCCAUAAUGAAUCUCUUGAAGAAAUAAUCAACAUGCGUGACAUGUUGUAUGAUCUCCAGAACGGCAGAAAAUUCACCAUUGGUUCACUCUUUGUUGCCCACUAUAUGGUGCCAUUUGUGGAAUCACUGUUGCGCAUCAGAUCUUCAUAGCAACAAGCCAUCAUAUCGUAUGUGAUGUGAUCUAAUAAAUGUUGUCCAAUUUCUUGUGUGCAAGUGUUGCAAUCAAAAUUCUGCAUUAAUACAUAUUUGUUUUUGUAUUGUUCUUACCUACUCCUUCCAAUGCUUUUCGUUAUAAGU